GGCCUCAACUCUCAGGUCCAACUCCUCAAGCUCUGGCUCAUUAGGGUUCCGGGACAGCCACAAGUCUGAGAGACAGGGGACAGCCUACUCUCCCUUUGUCCUUCCAGGCACCACCCCAGCCACUUCCUUCCCAUACUCGGCAGCCAAUUCUCCUCAGAGGACUCUGAGCCCUUGACUGAAACCGACUCUUCCACCUUUCCUUGGAGUGAAUCAGGGUUCCCAGGGCCCUCAAGGAGUUCUCUCUGAGCUUCCCAGAGGUGGUGCACUCUGCUUUGAGCUAAGUUCAGGGCACCCUCGGGGCUGUGCAGAGGAUGGCAGAAGAGGACAGUAGAUCGAGCAGCUGGUCAACCACUGAGGAUGAGAGGGAAGAGGGGUCAGAUGACUAUAGGCCCAAGUUCAAGCUCUUCAAAGAAAAUAAGGUGGAAAUCGCAAGCGCCAUCACAAAGCCAUUUCCUUUCCUUAUGAGUCUUCGAGACCGUGGAUUCCUCUCUGAGCAGAAGUUCCAGAUUUCUAAAAAACAAUGCAAGAACCUGGAUGCAGUGAGAAAUGUGGUGUAUGACAUCCUCUGUGACCUGCAGAAGGACUUUAGCCUGCCGCUUCUGGAAGUGAUCUUUAGCCCAACGCAUCUGAAGGCCUACCCAGACUUACAGGAGACUCGAAAAAUCUUCCAAGAUGAUACCAUGGAGACUGGAAACAACACUACUCUAGGAAAAUCCCAGGAGAAGAGAGAUACCGUGGAGACUAGAAACAACACUACUGUAGGAAAAUCCCAGGAGAAGACAAAUUACAGAGGAGCUGGUGGCCAGGCAGCUGUCAGGAGAAGGCAAAGGAAAAGCAAUCCAGAAGGCUCUGUCAGGACUGUCAGGCGUAGGGCUCGAAGACUGAGCAGGAAUGAAGCUGUGCGAUUCAAGGCUGAGUUGCUUCCUGUGACGUGUGGGCGCACGAAGGGAGUGUUACACAAGGAUAAAUUCAAGCUAGGUAUCUCCAUGAGGUCCAUACAGAGUGAGAAUGGGGAAUGGUUCACCCCCUCUGAAUUUGAAAGCUUGGGAGGCUAUGAAAAAUCAAGGAACUGGCGAUUGAGUCUGCGAUGCUACGACAGAAGCCUGAAGUUCCUGAUGCAGAUCUUUUAUCUUUCAGAAAAAAUUUCUACCCAACCUUUCAAGAGCUUACAAGACCAACAAGGUGGAGAAUUCCUGAAUGUUCCAGGGGCUUCAGUUCAGCUUGGUCCCUGCUGCUGUCAGAGAUUACUCAAAUUGCCCACCUGCCAUCCUCCUAUUGAUCCGUCUGGACCUGCCGUUCAACGCAUCUGCUCACCCAUUCAUCUGGACCUAGUCCUGAAUUUGGGUUCUACAGCUGAACUCAACUCUACAGCUCACCCUGUCCUUGCAGCCAAAUUCUGCAACAGUAACUUGAGCAUCCGCCUGUCUCCAGCUCAUUUAUCUCACCCUCCACAGGCUCAUGCAUUUCUAACUGCAUCCCAACUCUGGCUUCUCAGGCCUUUGCCACCUUAACUCUUGGUAGCUAGUCUGUAAGAUAGAUAGAUAGAUAGAUAGAUAGAUAGAUAGAUAGAUAGAUAGAGGGAUAGUGGUAGAUACAGAUAAAUGUUACAUAUAUGUGUAAUGUGUCAUCUGAGAGUUAAUCAUUAACAUUGCAGUAAAGAACACCUGGUUCCUUUGGCCAGGGUUAUUAAGGAAAGUGGGGAUAUCUGACAUAUUGCUGCCAGUGAAAGUGCUGUAGCUUGUGAAUUUAUUAUUGUUCAAUAAAGUCUUAUGUUGUAGAAAGACAUAAA